AUGACGUCUUCAGUUGAGAUUGCUUCUGUUCCCACUGUGGACACUCCUGGAACAUGUCUCUUUGUCCACGCCGAGAAACGCUCAUAUGUCUUUGGUCGUCCUGAAGAAGGCACCCAGCGAGCCUUCCAGAGCAGGAAACUAGGAAUGGGAGCGACCGAGCAGGUGUUUUUAACCGGAAGUGUCUCAUGGCAGCAAAUCGGAGGCCUUUUUGGCUAUGUUCUCACAGUUGGUGGUGCGCUGGAGGCGAGCAAGGAGCAGGCUGCUAUGUUGAAUGAGGAGAGGAAGAGCAGGGGAAAGCAACCUGCUAAGCCGGCCUCGUUCGACACCAUCCAUGUCCAUGGCGGUGCGAACUUGUGUCAUACUCUGGCCGCAUGUCGUCCUGUUAUUCUGCGACAACCUAUCAAGCUCCGUACGCAUGAGCACAGGGAAGACCCUAGACUCGAGGGGGUUGAAAGCCUCGAACCAGACUGGCAGGACGAUGUACUGCGUGUCUGGAAGAUACCAGUUCUGCAAGAGCGGUCCAGCAGUCCCAAGAAGCGUCGCCGUUCAAGCCCCCUCGUUGGAGACGCCGACCCAUCGUCGGAGCCUCAGUUCAAGGAAUGGUCGCUCCUUUCAAAUCCCGAAUUUUCGGCGGCUCUUAUCGAGGAGGUUAUGUUCAAUGGCUCGAUUAGAGGAAACGGGUUUGUUUACGCUGCAAAAUUGAGAGAUGUCGGGCCUACGGAGACGGUCUUCACGCGCUUUCAAGAUGGCGAUGUUGAAGUCUAUAAAGGACCAAGACCUGGUGAUACGUCAGAGCCUACAAACCUGGACCAAACUGUGUGGAAAUUCUCCAAGCAGGGAGCCAGAAUCGAUCGCGAGUCUGAGUCUAUCAACCUUGUACACCGGCCACUACCUCCCACCAUAUACAGCAAGACUUCCAUGUGCUACAUCGUCAAAUGUUUCGAUCGCCGUGGCAAAUUCAAUGCAAAGAGGGCUAAGGAGCUUGGAGUAGAGGUCACUGACUUCAAACGACUGACCGGGGGCGAAACAGUGGAAACAAAGGACGGUGUCGUUGUGACCCCUGAUAUGGUUCUGGGCGAAACUCAGCCUGGGCAAGGAUUUAUUGUUGCUGAUCUGGAGUCUCGCGAUUAUAUCGACUCUUUCAUGGAGCGGCCAGAAUGGUCCAACCCGGAAUUAAUGGAUCAAGUCAAUGUCAUGUACUGGAUUCUCGGUCCUAAGUUGGCAGACGAUGCUAGGAUUCAGAAAUUCGUCGAGGAGCACCCCACGUUGAAGCAUAUUUUCUGUGCCAAAGACACUUGUCCCAACAUGAUCUCCCUUGCUGGACCUGGCCAGCUCCAAGCCAAGCUACGAAGAAUAGACCCCGACCGAUUCAGCCUACUGAACUACGAUAACACUGUCCAUGGAUCUCUCCCGUCUGGACCCCUAGUAGAGUCCGGCCGUGUUGGAAACAAGGUAGCGCUCAUGCCCAGAUUCAGGUUCGACGCUGGAACAGUUGUCCCUUUUCCUGACCUCGCAGAGGCAGCUCAAUCUGUCAGCGACGAGAUUCUGGAAUUGGCCAAGAAAGCCCAUGAAGAGACUACUGACCCUGAGUUUCUGCGGAAACUAGAAGAAGAGGAGAGUGAUAUCCCCAACCGUGAUGCCGAGAUCAUUCCUCUCGGUACGGGCUCUUCCAUCCCAGGCAAGUACCGCAACGUUUCAGCGACGCUGAUUCGUGUGCCUGGUAUUGGUAACUACAUUUUCGAUGUCGGUGAGGGCACCUUGGGCCAAAUUCGUCGUCUCUUUGGAGAUGAAGAAACAGGAAAUAUCCUUCGAGACUUAAAGUGCAUUGUAAUCAGCCAUCUUCACGCCGAUCAUCAUCUGGGCGCCCCCAACUUGAUCAAGGCCUGGUACAACCACAAUAUCGAGAACAGCAAAGCAAGACUAGCCAUAUCUUGCGUAUCAAGAUACAAAGCCCUCUUAGAAGAGGUCUCCCAGGUCGACGACAUUGGCUUUCACCGACUAAAAUUCCCCAACUGCACCUUUAUAAACGACAGGCUCAACACAGGCCGGUUCGAGCUCGACGAGAACGACUUUGGACUCAAAUCCAUCACGCGUAUCCCAGUUCCCCACUGCUGGAUGGCCUUUGCCACAGAACUUGAGCUCACAUCAGGUCUACGCAUGGCCUACUCGGGUGACUGCCGCCCCUCGGAUGACUUUGCCCUCGCAUGCGAAGGCGCCCACCUGCUGAUCCACGAGUGCACCUUUGACGACGACAUGCUUGCCCACGCCAAGAAGAAGAUGCAUUCCACCAUGAGCGAGGCGCUCGAGGUUGCGCGCAAGAUGAAGGCCCGGAAGACGCUCCUGACGCAUUUCUCGCAGCGCUACGUCAAGUCCGACUCGCUCAAGCGGGAGGAUGCGGGACGGCCUGGUGAGGUCCUCAUGGCGUUUGAUCAUAUGAAUGUGAAGCUGGGAGAUUUUAGAAAGGCGGCUGCGUUCCAGCCUGCGAUUGCUCAGUUGUUGGCUGAUGCGAGCGAUAAGUGA